AUGACUGCGUCUUCCACAUUCUUCAAUAUGGAAGAAAUUGAACAACUUCAAGCCAGUUAUAACACUGGUGGAUUGGAAGCAGUUAUACCAGAUAUAAAGAAUAAAUUAGAUGACUUGGAUAAUGCACAGCUUAAUAUUGCAGUUAUGGGCGAAGGAGGCUCAGGGAAAUCUACCUUGAUCACAGGGAUGAUAGAUCCUGAAAUAAGUGAGGAGAAAAGAGUUGUCGACAAAGAAACCAAUAAAGAACCAAUUGGAUAUCUGCAUCCUGUUUUGCCGAAAGUUCAAUUCUGGGAACUUCCAGGAAUAGACCUUUCUAAACUGCAACUGAAUGAUUACCUAAAAAUGGCAAACAUUGGACAAUAUGACAUCUUUAUUAUUGUGUCAGACCGUCGAUUCAAAGGAAGUGCGGGUGAGUCUGCUAAAGCAAUCCAACAAGAGGGCAAACCAUUUUACUUGGUUCAGACUAAAGUUGACAGCCUGACUGGCACUGCAGAGGAAAUGGAGAGCACGGCUUUUGACGAUGAGUUACAAAGGCUCAGGACAGACUGUGCCAGCAGCUUAGAGGGCGCAGGGUCUGCAGCAGCACCCACCAUCUUUCUGGUUUCAGCUUUCCACCCGGACAAGUUUGAUUUCCCCGCGUUAAAGCUGGCCCUCGCAAGCCACCUGCAAAAGGUCGACAAGGCGGCAUUCUUGCUCUCUCUCCCGGAUGUAACUUCCCGGAUAAUGGAGCAGAAAAGAAAAAUGUUAGAGAAAAGAAUCUGGAUGACUGCCACGCUUGCUGGGGCCGUGGGAGCUGUACCCAUUCCAGGGUUGUCCUUUGCCACUUGCAUUGGGCUAUUGGCAGCAGGGCUGCUGUACCUCUGGCACCAGCGGGAUCUACGCGAUAAGUGUUUGCAGAAGCUGGCGACCACAGCUGGUAAGCCCUUGCCAGCUCUGCAAACCGCUCUCAAGUCGCCAGGUAAAAUACCCCGGGCACUGAUCAGAACGCUGCUGUGCGUCAGCGCUGUUGCCUGUGCAGUAGCUGAGGUCAAACUGAGCUUCACACCACUGAUUAUUUCUGUCUUUGGAGCGGUCUCAUCAUUUUGUUUCACUGCCAUGCUCCUGAAGGAUUCGCUAAGCGAACGGGUGAAAACCACACAAAGGCUGGUGAAAACAGCAUUUGAAACCCAUUAA